GACGAGAUAACCAUGUUAGGCGUUUUUGGCUGUGAAAUUGUAACGCCACCGGAGGAGCUGGUUGUUGCCGGAGACCGGAGUUCGUCACCGUGAACCACCGCCUUGACGUUGAUGAAACGUUUCGUCAACUCGAAUCCUUCUUUGGUUUCCAUACAAAUCGGUGAUGAAGUUGACUUGGCUUACUCUCGCGAAAACGAAUAUCUUCUCCGACCAAGAUCAUUUGGGGUGAAAGAUGAUAUAUUUUGCUUGUUUCAAGGCAUGCUUGAUAACUUAGGUAGCCUGAGACAAGAGCAUGGACUAGCCAAGUCUGCCGAUGAGGAUAUGCUGGUGAUCGAAGCUUACAAGGCGUUACGUGACAGAGCUCCUUACCCUCCUAGCCAUGUCGUCGGUCAUCUUGCCGGAAACUUUGCAUUUGUGGUAUUCGACAAGUCCACGUCCACAUUGUUCGUUGCUUCUGAUCAGUCUGGCAAGGUUCCUCUUUACUGGGGGGUUACAGCUGAUGAAUUCGUGGCAUUUUCCGAUGAUGCAGAGAUGCUUAAAACUGCUUGCGGCAAGACAAUUGCUUCCUUCCCCCAGGGAUGCUUCUUUUCGACCGCAGCUGGCGGGUUAUUAAGCUAUGAAAAUCCCAGAAACAAGAUCGUUGCUGUUCCUGUACCAGAAGAAGAGAUUUGGGGUGCAACCUUCAAGGUGGAAGGACCGGCGGUUGUUGCAGCAAGAGAGUAAGUGAAGAAGGAAG